UUACUUGCGCCCUGAGUCCGGCCCCCACGUGAGAUGCUCCGUGUAUGGAGUAGGAAACUACUGCUGUCUGAGGUCAGGGCUGAGCUGCUGUGUGUCGCUUCUAUGUCCGCGAAGAGGAAAAAUGCGGAGGGUGAGGAGGGGAAGAGCCGGAGGAGGAAGAAGCAGCGAGGGGACAAGGCCGGGGAGCGCUAUGUGCCGCCACCCACUAAGCGGAGACUCGGUGUGAGCUUCGGAGACGAGCAUUUCCGGGAGACCGAGUCCUAUGUGGAGAAUGGGCUACGCAAAGUCCGACCCUAUUAUUUCCACUUUGAGACUUACUGCAAGGGACGCUGGGUAGGCAAGAGCGUGCUGGAGGUGUUCAGCUCGGAGUUCCGCUCAGAGCCUCUGGAGUACUACAGGCGUGCGGCCCAGGAGGGAAGACUGCGGCUCAACCAGGAGCUGCUCACUGAUCUGACUACUGUGCUCAAGAAUAAUGAUUUUAUGAGAAACACCGUACAUCGUCAUGAGCCACCAGUAACCGCACAGCCUCUCCGCAUUAUAGCUGAAAAUGAUGAGCUUAUAGCAGUGGAUAAACCAUCCUCUCUUCCAGUGCAUCCUUGUGGCCGCUUUAGACACAACACGGUCAUUUUUAUUUUGGGGAAGGAGCAUAAUCUGAAGGACCUUCACACCAUCCACCGCCUUGAUCGUAUGACCUCAGGCGUGCUUAUGUUUGCCAAAACUCUGGAAGUGUCAAAGAAGAUGGAUGAGCAAGUGCGAGAGAGACAGGUGGAGAAGCAGUAUGUAUGCAGAGUGAUUGGUGAAUUUCCUGAAGAGACGAUCACUUGUGAAGAGCCAAUACUGGUUGUUUCUUAUAAGAUUGGUGUAUGCCGUGUAGAUCCUAAGGGGAAACCUUCCAAAACUGUGUUUCAACGUCUCGCUUACAAUGGAAAGUCUAGUGUAGUAAAGUGCUUUCCUUAUACUGGUCGUACUCAUCAAAUUAGAGUCCAUCUGCAGUAUUUGGGGCACCCCAUUGUUAAUGAUCCAGUCUACAAUACUAAAGCCUGGGGUCCCAACAGAGGAAAGGGAGGUGAAAUUAACAAAACAAAUGAGGAGCUGCUACAGUCUUUAAUAGAGGAACAUAAAGAAAAACAGAGCCUGGAUAUUCUGGAUCUAUCAGAAGAGGAUCUUCAUCUAUCUAUGGAAAAAAAGGAAUGUGAGGAACACGAACAGGGCCUUCAGCUUGUUUUAAGUGACCCUGCAUCUUGUGAGAGAGAUCAGUUAGGUACCAAAACGGACAAAGACACUGAAGCUAGUGUUACUGUGGCAUGUGACGUCCCGACAAAUGGUCCAGAGCAAGAAACUGAUGGAAAUAGUAGUAGCGUUGCAGAGGAAAAAAGUCUAGAUUUAAUAGACCCGCUGUGUGGAGAAUGUAAGAUUGUGAGGCCUGACCCAUCUCCAAAAGAUCUUGUGAUGUAUCUUCAUGCUUUACAUUAUAAGGGAGAAGAUUUUGACUUUUCAACUGAAUUACCAGAAUGGGCAAAAGAUGACUGGGUGGAAGAUUGAACUAAAAAAGUUAUAAAUGUUUUAUGUCUUGGUGUAAAAUAAAAUUAUUUUUUAUCAUA